AUGCCCCAAGGAAUCCUUGGGUAUCUCAGUGCGAGUCGUAUAGCCAAUGGAUUCCAACAUUUACUACCUAACUCUAGUCUAACGGAGGAGUUUGACUAUGCCAGCGGGGCAGCUGAUGGGCACGGACAAAUAAUUCUCUUUUGGCGUGAUCAAUGCCCAAAACUCCCUCCAGUAUUAGCAGACUUGCCGAUAUUCUCUCUCAAGGAAUCUGAGUAUGACCCUAACAAUUUCGUGCUCGAAAAUGAUACGCUGGGAAUUAGAUCUGGAGUCAACCCGGACACCGUGAACUUUGGCACAAUUGGCUUUAUCAUAACGCUGGAUACGGGAUUGGAAACAAAGCAUGCCAUUGGAACAGUUGGCCAUGUUCUCGGUGACACAGGGAGGACACUUUAUGUUAAUAUCGAUGGGAUCCCCGUGACGCUAACAACAGUCAACCAGUUUGAACGCAUUGGUGGAAGACCGGUCGCUAGAAGCCGUUGGCGGAUAUACCGCUCCGCUCUCGAUGAGAUCUGCCUCCUUGAUAUACCCUCUACCAUUGCCGAUAUUCCUCUCCCUUGUGUACUAGGAGAAGUGAACUGCCAUGCAAUCCUUGGGCUCUCACCAGGUGCUCAUGCUAUAAGGAGUCCUUCUACUAUAGAUCCGGAUGGACUUAGGGAAUGGUUACGAGUGAAUGGCCCCUUACUGUCUACGGAGGGCCUUUUGACGAAUACUCGUGAGGACACUCAUGGUCACUCGCAGGUAUUACCACGGCCUACGCUGGCUGGCUGGUCCUCAUCCUUGUCGUCUUCGCUCUCGUCAAUGGGCUCCUCUUUGUCCACCCCUGAGCAGGGCGAGAGUAGGACCUUCUACAUGUCUGUAAAAUGGACAGCCCCAGACGACCCAUUCUCUGCCCCAGGAGACUCAGGAAGACUUGUCUUCGCCUUGUCCGAUAAUAAUUUCGUGCCCUUAGGCAUACCUUACGGAGCAGAUGGUGAUGUGAGCCGUAAAUUGAGACUAUACUCGACUGUGAUGCAUACUUUUGCGACCCGACUCAAUGCCAGCUAG